AUGCCACACAUACCUGGUGUUUCCAAACAUCGGCGGACGUCCCUCACAAGCAGUCGCGGCUCCUCUAUAGACGAGACACGGCGACAUGAUGGUGGCGAAGAUGUCACCAAAGAGGAUGAGACUAUCAUAGACCCGGAGCAGGGCAAUAUGCUCACCCAUAUUAUAUCACAGCUGCGGCCCGGUGCCGAUCUGAGCAGAGUGACACUGCCCACGUUUAUCCUCGAACCACGGUCGAUGCUGGAGCGCAUAACAAAUUUCAUGGCACAUCCGGAAACCCUGCUUCCCAUUACCAAGAUUGAGGACCCUGUGCAAAGAUUCGUGGCUGUGACAAAGUUCUAUCUCAGUGGAUGGCACAUCAAGCCCCCUGGAGUCAAGAAGCCGCUCAACCCCAUACUCGGCGAGAUAUUCACCGGCUAUUGGGACUACCCAGAUGGCACCAAGGGAUACUACAUUGCCGAGCAAACGUCGCACCACCCACCAAAGUCGAGCUAUUUCUUUAUGGCGCCUGAACACCACAUCCGCAUUGACGGAACUCUCAAGCCCAGGAGCAAGUUUUUGGGAAACUCUGCUGCGAGUAUGAUGGAGGGCAUUGCGAUAUUGCGGCUCUUGAACACUGGUGAACGAUUCUUUGUCACACAACCUAACAUGUAUGCGCGCGGCAUUCUUUUCGGAACCAUGAAAUACGAACUCGGCGACCACGCCUAUAUUCGCUGUCCUGAGACUGGACUAAGCGCCGACCUUGAAUUCAAGACCAAGGGCUAUUUUAGCGGAACAUACAAUGCCAUUGGUGGCUUUAUCAAGGAUGCGAGCGGCAAGAACUUGUUCGAACUUUCCGGCCAAUGGAACGAGGAAAUGUACAUCAAGGAUCUGACGACUGGCAAGAAAGAGCUAUUGUUUGACGCCGCACAUACUAAGCAUACGCCACCCAGCGCACGCCCUCUGGAGGAACAAGACGAGCGAGAGUCACAGAGGCUGUGGCAUGAAGUGACAGAAGCCGUGAAGCGGAGGGACCAGGACGUUGCAACGGAUGCAAAGGCCAAGAUCGAAGACAGGCAACGUCAAGAAGCCGCAAAACGAAACAGCGAGGGUGUUGACUGGCACCCGCAACUCUUUAGGCGCGUAAGGGGCGGUCACGGUGGGAGCGAAGAAGGCGAGGAAGACUUGGAUUGGAUCAUUAACGCCAAGAUUGACGGAAAGACCCCAGAAGAGGUGGUCAAACAGAUCCUGCAAAUCCAUGCCAUACUCCCCGGUCAGAAGCCCGAGAAACAAUUCAACAUUCCUUCACGGACAUCGAGUAUCCAUCGGACUCAAACAAACGAGUCGAUUCAGCCCAUUCAGCAGGUGCCUACUGAGCAGGUGCAACCCGCACAAUCUCAGCCGACUACUGUACAAUCAGAGCCCGCAGAAAUAGCACAGCAUCAGCAACAGAGCGUAGGUCCUCCCAGCAACUUCGACGGAACAACGGCUCAUGCCACGCCCCCAAUAAACAGCAGUAACCCCACCGACCCGAGUAAUGCACAACCGCCACCUCUCGAAAAUCUAGCUCUCGAAAAGCCAGCAUCUCAGCCAGAGACGGCCCCGUCUGAAAACCCACCAAAGUUCGCCGAUGAACUCCCGCCAAGCAAACUGCUUCAUUCCAACCCUGCCAAAGAAGCACACAAGGAUGAUCUCUUGCGGAGAACAGACAGCCAGACAUUGGAGGAAGAAGAGUUUCAUGACGCGCAAUCGUGA